AUGACUGUAGAAGGUAUGUGGGUUAUUGGGUAUGGGUCCCUCCUUUUUAAGCCUCCUCCAGUCUAUUCAUUUAGAGUAAAUGGUUAUCUUAAAGGUUUUGUGAGAAGGUUUUGGCAGAGUUCGUCGGACCAUAGAGGUACGCCUGAAUUCCCUGGAAGAGUUGUGACUCUCAUUCUGUUGCAAGAUCUCAAAAAUAAUGAACAGUUCCAUUCAGACCUAUAUAAAUAUGAUUUGGGGCCUGAUGAUAAAAUUGAACAUUUAACGGAGGAACAAUUGCGAGUUUGGGGUUGUGCCUAUUACAUUGAGCCCAAAGAUGUUGAAUAUAUUAAAAACUAUCUCGAUGUUAGAGAGCAAGACGGCUAUACUACACAUAAAGUUCCAUUUCAUGUAGUCAGUAUGUCCAAAGAGCAUGCCGACGAAAAGCAUGUCUUAGAAACAUUACCUAGGAAUGAUGUUACAGGUGACUAUUAUCUCGAAUCAGUGAUAUACAUAGGCACAAUCAAUAACUCAUCCUUUGUCGGACCCGAGGAUAUUUUAUCUACAUCUGAUGUCAUAAAGAAAAGUGAAGGUCCCAGCGGAAAAAAUUUUGAAUAUCUUUUUAAACUUGGACGAGCAGUUUUAGAGCUAGAUGAACUGGGCAAGUCGAAGGACAAAUAUCUCGAGAGCCUUCUCCAAAAGGUAAUCACUUAG